CUUCCUUUUCUUUGGACCCUUGCUAUGAUGUAAAUCUCUUGGUUAAUUACGCUUGACGCUGUUCUUUGCAAGGAUCCUUUUGACAUCCAUCCACUAUUCUGAAAGCCUGUGCACAGUUAACGUGACCAGUCUGAACUGCGAGAGCUCAAUGAGACCUUAGCGAGGACCUGAGCAAGCUGAGCCUGUUCGUGCUAUUUCUGUCUGAAUGAGCUUUUCCUUCCAGGUAGCCCCUUCGCCAUGCCUAGAACUUUGCCAUGGAUAAAGCAGGGAGGAUCCACUGCUGUGUCUUCUUCCAAGAGACCUGCUCCAUCACCAAAGCCGCCUAUAAAGCGCACAAAAGUCUCGGACCCAGCGUCCGAUGGUGAUGUGCGGACGACCCCCAUUCCAGCGAGGAAGCAAAAGCCACCGAGUCGUGAAGCCCGUACACCAUCUACAUCACCACCUCCCCAACCGCCUCCAGAAAGGUUCAUGGUUGAAGGCCUUGAGCGGGACGAUAGGUAUAGAAUGGUAGAAGAUGAAUUUCUAGCUAUUGCGCAAAGGUUCACCGUUCAUCUGCAUGCUGCAGAGUAUAAGAGGCAAGUAAAAUUGGCAAAAGCUCGCAAUGCUGAAGCAAUCUCCUCUAUCUCACGGCCGGUCACGGGGAAAAUGCCAGCCGAGACCGCACGAAAAAUUGAAGCCAUAGCCCGAGCAAAAGAGCAAAGGGAUGCUCUUCAACUCUUGGCUGGGAAGAAGUCGGACAAUGACCAAGAUCCAGAUGAUAGCUCUGAUGCCGAAGACCUUGCAUACUUCGGCACAACAUUACAUGGCUUAAUGGAUAGUCCCCGUCGGAAAUCUACAUCAUUGGCAAAGGUCGGAUCUAUAGGAGUUGCAACACGAGCCGCUGCUGGCUUUCAAAGACCUGCGACUCGGUCCGAACCGCACGAGAUCCAAAAACGCCAGUCUCCAACAUACAAAGUUACCCCUCGAAUGGGCCAAUCAUCCAAGCAGAGACACGAAAGUUCAACAGAGUCAUCUGAUUUAGAUGAUGACCUGGACGUACCAAUACCAGCACCAAAACUGUCUCCACUGGAUAAGAAGACCGUUCCAGCUCGAAAUACGCUCCAUGACGUACCGCCACGGAUCAAGUCAUCCUCGUCCAGGACAGUUGAAAUAUCGGGAUCAGUCAACGUAUCGAAACCGGCAUCUUCAAAGCCGGAAGUUCAUGUAGAAAAAGAGUCUCUGGGAACUAGUAAUACGACUAUGGAGCCUGCUGAGGCCUCGUCGGAUAGUCGAUCGCGGGUUGGCCGGAGGUUAGAGCAAGCUCGACUUCAAAGGGCGAAGCAGGAGAAGGAGGCUCAAGAGAAAAAGAAGCUUGACCUAAUUCCAACUUUUCUCUGAGUGCUGCUCACAUAAUUUCGAUGCACCAACCGCCAAGGAAGGGCAUUGAUACCGAAUGAUCGCUGGACGCCCGAUCUUCUUGGAUCGAUGUGGAUGUCAAGGGGCAAGGUGGGGAUUCAUAGACCUACGAUUGCAGCACAUCACAAAUGUGUGGAAGAGCUAUUCACAAAAACAUGAUGGGAGGUUCAGCAUGGAGCGCUUCAAUGUUUGGUGUCAUAGUAUGUGGCAAUGCCAAUACUGAUUGAUUAUCCUACACAAUUAGGCCUUGAAUGGGGUCUCAAAUGGCUCCUCAGCUUGUGAUGCGAGUCGCGCCAGGUGCCUUCGUUGUCCACUCUUCCAGUCAACAAGUGCAGAGUGCGAGGUCACGCGGUUAUCCCAAACCACUACGGUGUUUUCGGCCCACUUGACCCUUACUUGGAAAUCGGCGCCGUAGGC